AUGCUGGGAUUAGAUGUGAGUGCCAAGUCCUGCAUGGGCUUCAAAGGACAGUGGGGCAUGGUGUCCAACCCUGUAGCCAAGCCAACAGAACUUGGGACUCUUAUGAGUUUGACAGUUGCUAUUUGUAAGAAUGCAGUGACCUAUGACGAUGUGUGUGUGAACUUCACUCCAGAAGAAUGGACUUUACUAGAUCCUUCACAGAAGAGUCUCUACAGAGAUGUGAUGCUGGAGACCUACAGCAAUCUCACUGCUAUAGGCUACAUUUGGGAAGAUGACAAUAUCAAAGACUAUUUUCAAAGUUCUAGAAGACAUGGAAGGCAUGAAAGAAGUCACAGUAAAGAGAAAACCUAUACAUUUAAUCAAUGUGGUAAAGUAUUUGCAUAUCACAGUAGUAAUCUCCAAAUACAUAAAAGAACACAUACUGGAGAGAAUCCGUAUGUAUGUUUUCAAUGUGGUAAAACCUUUCCAUAUCACAGUCGUCUCCAAAUACAUAAAAAAACACAUACUGGAGAAAAACCUUAUGAAUGUAAGGUAUGUAGUAAAAGCUUUGCAAGACCUGAUGUUCUCCAAAGACAUAAUAGAACACACACUGGUGAGAAACCCUAUGAAUGUAAGCAAUGUGGUAAAGUCUUUGCACGUCAUGAUAUUCUACAAAUACAUAAAAGAACACAUAGUGGAAAGUAA